CUAAACUGUUAUUAAGUCCUAUAAUAUGUAUUUCUUUAAAGAUGCUGUUCCCUUCUCAAAGUUUUCACUGACUCGUUUUUCAAAAUUCUUUUGAUGUCCGCCGAAUUAUUCAAUCUUGGAAAGAAUGUUUUGAUGAAGGAUCAGUUCAUGAAUUAUCUUCAUCCUUAUCCAACAAUCACGCAUUUUCAACCGGUAACAGAUCUUAAGGAACUGUUUGCUCGCUAAUAACUGUCAGACAAUGAUAGUCAUGGCCAUUGGAUUUUGAACAAUUUAAGGUUUAAUCAGAGCGGCUCAUAUAUUUCUAAAGGUUUUUGGCAACUCUGCAUGCUUCCCUAGUUCUCAGUAGUACCUGGCUAGACGUGAUUCGCUACAGGGUCAAUGGGGAUACUUGAUAAAAUCGCCGAUAUUGAGAAUGAAAUCGCAAGGACGCAGAAAAAUAAAGCGACGGAGUAUCAUCUCGGUUUACUGAAAGCUAAGCUCGCCAAGUACCGUUCUCAACUACUGGAGACACAAAACAAAGCUACCAAGGGUGAAGGAUUUGAUGUUAUGAAAUCAGGCGAUGCUCGGGUAUCACUAAUUGGCUUUCCGUCCGUCGGGAAGUCCACUCUCCUAAAUUCUUUGACUUCUACACACAGUGAAUGUGCAUCAUAUGAGUUCACAACUUUGACAUGCAUACCGGGUGUUAUUGAGUAUAAAGGCGCUAACAUCCAGUUAUUGGAUCUUCCAGGAAUAAUAGAAGGGGCGUCACAAGGAAAAGGGCGGGGGCGCCAGGUGAUUGCUGUUGCCCGAACGGCUGACCUCGUACUUAUGAUGCUUGAUGCCACCAAGCCGGAUGUCCACCGGUAAGUAUUUCAAGAGUUACCCAAAUAGAGAUUACAGUCAUAGUGUAGUGAACGAGUACACAGGAUAGGUUUUAGCACCAGAGAACUAGCAAAAUGCUUAAAAUUCUGACUAACAUUUAUGAGGGCCUUAACCAAAGUACUCGUCGUUUUUUCAUCAUACAUGUCUAUAGCAACGAACUCCACAAGUAAGCACCACAUAUCUGUGUAGUUGUUCACAGCUUUUAGUGAAGAUUUUCUAAAUUUCAUCACAAAUCGGGAGAGUAUGUUGUUCAGCACAAAAAAGUCUCAUCUGAAUUUUCAUUAUAACCACUCGGCUUAAACUGUUGUUUCUCAAGUAGAGACCCGUCACCUUUAAAUUCACUAGUUGCCGUUUCAAAUAGGUUGGUAGUAUAAACCAACCGUAAGUUAUCAAUUCAUACUUAGUUUUCUUCAGAACCCAUCUCAUGUUUUCACUAAAGGGGUUUAUUUUCUAAAUUCGAUUUCAGAAAGUUACUUGAAAACGAACUAGAAGCUGUGGGUAUUCGAUUGAAUAAAAGCAAACCAAAUAUUUAUUUCAAGGUAAUUUAAAAUUUGAUCACUGUUCUAAGCUCCCUAAUUUUCACAGUCCGUCAUAAGAAAUAACUGAACCCGUGGUUCAGUUUUAUAAGUACUUGACGAUGAACUCCCACAAUUGAGUUAUAUCUCGUCUCCCUGUGACAGCUGGGUGGUUUCGUUUGUCAGUGACUUGGAUUCGACCAAGCAUUCACAUACAAAUCCAUGAAGUAUCUUAUAGGAGCCAGCGAUAUUACAUUGCUCUGACUUCGGAAAACAAAACAGGACUCGAAUACUACCACAGCUUCAUGUUUUUUGACAAGCUUUGACAUAAAGUCUGACCACUUUCCUCGUAUUGAUAAAUCAUCUUAAUUCCCGGUCUAUCGAGAAGAUAGUUGCGGUAAGAGUUGUCAAAUACUAGCUUUAACAUCCAACUAGGCGAGGAACACGAUUAACUAAAUCACGACUUUUUCAACGUUGGAGAUAGCUAACAGUCGUAUAAUGUAACUUCGAUGUUAAUUUUUCUUUUCCUCCAAGCAUAUUUGUUCUUUGCCACAGUACAUUAUUACUGAUGGCCUCUGGUCAAUGGGGAAUAAACAGCUUUGUUUGACACCGGUUUUUACUUAAAGUGAAUAUGUGGGCUGCUGUUCAUUCACGGCUUUGCAAUGCGGUCCUUCGUAAGAGUUCUGUAUAGUAGUGAUCUUACCAGGUGAUUCACGUCUCACAUCUCCUCUUUCAGCGUUUUCCGCUGUUAUUGCUAGGUCUUCCACGUGUUUCUGCUUGCCAGCCCUAAUGCUUCUCUUCACUUGCUUGUUUGCUUCUGUGUGUUCAGCUUGUGCCUUGACUUUCUCUGUUCUUGUUCGGCUGAUGUUCAUUGUUGUCUUGUCAUUCUUUUCUUGAAUGCUACUCAGGGUUUCGAUGGAGAUCCAUUCCUUAUGAUGAUGCUUCCUGUGGCCCUGAACCUCCUAGCACGUCGAGAUUAUUGUUUCUUUAAUCCCUCUCCAGUUGUCCUCCAUAGUAGUUUCUUUUUCUUUGUGUAGAUCUUGUAAAGCUUGGAACCUGUUGCUGAGAGCUAUCAUGAAUUCGUUGAGUUUGUUAGUAUCUCAAAGGAAGGCUUUACUAAACCUUUGUAGUGCUGUUUCUCCAGUUGUCCAGUUCUUCUUUAGCUUCAGUUUAAUUUUGGCAACCAGCAGAUACUUAUAUGAACCUAAGCCAGCUUAUAUUUAUGUUCUCAUGACUUUCACGGGUCUUCUGAAUUUUUUCGUGAUGCAAUAUGAUCGACCUCGUACUAUUUAGUGUGAUCUGCAGAGACACAUGUAGCUUUGUGUAUGCGUUUGUGGGGGAAUGUAGUGCAUCCUAUAGCUAUUUUGUUGAAUGCACGUAAAUUUGCAAAUCUCUCGCUAUUCUUGUUCCUUUCCUUCAGUCCAUGUUGUCCCAUGAUAUCUUCAUACUCGAUGUUGUCCAUUCCGGUCUUGGCGUUUAGUUCUCUUAUAAGGAUGGUCAGGUCCUUUUCUGGGCACUUAUCUACGACCGAUUGCAGCCUCUCAUUGUACUGAUCUUUAUUGUCUCCACUAUUAUCACUGGUGUGGGCGUGGGACUGAAUAUCGUUCACUGUAAUCCCUUCGUUUUGAAGGAUGUUUUAAUGAUCCCGGAUCCAUGAGAUUCUCAUUUUGUAGGCGCUUCUUUUCUUCUCUGGGUAGUCUCACCAGAUCUCCUUGUUUGUAUGAAGAGGGGACAUUUUCCUCCUCAUGAUGAGAGUACAAAAACACCGGCCUUAUGAUUUCCGAAGAACCUCAGCUUUCACCAUGAGAUUCCACAACUCUUACUAAAUGGUUUUCCAUUCCCAGUACAGUUUAAAUGAUCUUUUCUGGUCGUCAUUGUUUAGCUAGGUUCUUUUCUACUCUAUGUGGUUUCUAACCUUAUGUUCAACCAUCCUUUUUUACCCGGGAUCGAGACCAGUUGUCAUCAUCAGAAGACUCCAGGCGGAGUUUGAAAUUUGUUCAAAUAUUAGGACAAAAUGAAAAAGACUAAACGAAUAUUCUUUGGAGUCAUGUCUGACAGAUUGAGCUGUCCUAUUCAAUAACAUUUAGGUUCAUAAUGCUUACAUACUGAAAAUCUGCGAUCGUUUAAACGACCGUGAAUUUAAUAUUUGUAUCUCAUUAUCCGAAUGGUUAUCGUCUAAGGGAGUAGUCGCUGAACUGGAUUUGUAUUGAGAACACUAAUACUGACCGGUGUUCAACUACAUCCCUCUGAUAAGCUUCAAUUCAUAGAAAGGUCCAUCAUAGAAGCCUUCGUUAGUCAACAAAUAACUAACAUUAAGUGACAUGUCGUUUGCAUUUUAUAGAUUACUUUCUUAGUGAGAUGUAUCUUUGUCAAAUGAUUUCUCACCAUCAUAUUUGAUUAUGGCUUAAGAAUUACUCCUGAUCGGUGACUCAAAGUAAAACCCUGGUUAUCACUUGGAUCCUUUGCACUAGGUGUACGUUAAACAUUGAUCGGACUGACAUGAAUAUUAAGCCGGACGCAGACGUGCGUUGGGCCAAGUCUUUACAUCUAGGUAUCACAGUCAGAUAAAAAAUGGCAAAAGAAAGCGACAUAAUGUCUUGGAAACAAUAGUAUGAAAAAUCAGACCGUAAGGAUAUCAUUUCUAAAGAAGUGGGGAGGUAUGUAUAAAAGGAUAUUGGAAUUUAAAGUUAAACGAAAGUAAAUGAGUCAAUAUAUCUGGACUUCUGUAUGCGAUUCUGACUUAUGUUACCCAUGGCCUUCAACCACUUGUCUCAGUUGUCAUGUAAACCUAGCUAGUAGUCUUCACUUUUUUAAGUAAUUUUGACCAAAAAUCGGUGUCUUCAUCGUCUGAUGCAACCUUUCAGUUUGGCUAGCGCUAGCUCUCUUCCAGCACACUGAACAUGCAAGCAUUGCUCUUGAAGUUAGACGAUGGUUAGAUAUGCGUAAUACGUAUAUCAAUCACCUCAGUUGAUAAAGACUCGAUACCUUUGUCACAUACCUCAUGCCUAACCUCAAUAGUGCUCACGCGGCCAUUCCAAGAAACUGGGACAAAAUUUCAAGGACACCUGUAAUUAGAAACCUUUAGCCUACCCAUUUCUUUUAAUUUCAUAGACCACGUUUCACACCUAUAAGGCAGGACAGAGCAGACUGUUGCACAGUAUACACGCCUGCUGAUAAAGAGACGAACCUCUUGUCUACGUCAAAAGUGAAGCAAGUUUUUAAGUACCAACUACCAAAAAUUGGUAUAUAAUAUUGUAUUCAGUAUAUUCGUUGUCUGAAAUAAAUUAAAUGUUAAUGUUUUCAUGGGUUCAUUUCUCUCCAGUUGUCUGUGUCUUUAUUGUUAUGCCAUGCUGAUAUGGAUCGUGUUAUUUACUUGUACUAUCUAGCAAAAGAAGACAGGUGGAUUAAAAAUCACAUCAAUGGUUCCCUUAACAAAGAUAAACGAGAAAAUGACUCAAAUGAUACUGCAGGAAUAUAGUAUCCUUUUUUAGUCAAUAUUUUCACUUUUUUACUUCUUUUGACUUCAUUAUAUAACCGCUAAUAUAUAAAAUUGUAUUGUUGAACAGUUUUAAUUAGGAACAAGUUGUGUUGUAUAUCCCUUUCACAUCCAUGGCGAAAGGAGUCACAAAAUUAAUAAUUUUUCUCAUUGCUGUACGACUUUUUCUGGUCGUUUGCAAUGUGACACUAUUUGGUCUGUAAAAUGAAUUCAAUAACUGCGAGAACAUCUCUCCUUUUUUAUGAAAAAUUUGAAUUACCUAAGUAACUCCCAAAUGAAUUAGAAUUUUAUUUGGCAACAUUGUCAGAUUAAUUAAGACACUCUUAGCUUUGUACUUCAAUUUAGAAUACCUAUAGUAUCCACUAGCCCAUCAUAUAUAGAUCUAUCAUGAGAACAUUACCUCAUAAAUAAUUUGCCUUGAACAGCUUCAAGUUCGCUCAUCUAAAAUGUAGAAUAAACACAGAGUUCAUGAUUAUUCAGUUCAAGUAAGUUUAAAACAGGAAGGCUUAUUGUGGUAUUCGGACAUUUAGAAAAUAGGUAACCCAAACGUUCGAGCAGGUCUCCAAUCAUAAUCAAAGUCAUUAAGGAAAAUUAAGUUGUAUAUUACAUUUACGAUCCCCAUAAAUAUCUAGUAUGAUCCGUUUUUGUAUUUCUGUUCACCUCAACUUCGUGUUGCCCAUUAUGUAGAAAUAUUUAAUGCAGAAGUCAUCUUUCGAGAAGAUUCUACACCGGAUGAAUUUAUUGAUGUAGUAGUUGGCGGUCGAGUAUAUCUGGCUUGUCUUUACGUAUUUCGGUUUCAUUUCUUAAAAAAAUUCUGUAUUUAGGUGUAUAAUAAAAUUGACCAAAUAUCACUUCAAGAAGUUGACAGAUUAGCAAGACAGCCUCAUUCAGUUGUUGUUAGGUUAGUUCAAACCUUUUUUUAAGAAUUGUUGCUUAUGCACGAGUUAAUACUUCGUAUUAUUUUUCUCCAGAGUUUCCCUGCUAUCUUUUAAUGGGGCAGCUCGAUCUGUUUUAGUAGUAUAUUUGAUCUCAUACUGUUCUAGUUGGUUUGUGAAAUUUACGGUAAAGUUACUGUUCAUUUCACUUGGUGUUGUUUUACUUGUAUCUUCCCAUUGUUAUUUAGGACUGCGGUUGAUAAGUCUCAUGUUGGCAUAUGCGUAUCUUGUGCGGAUUACUUCGAUAUAGUCUUAAGUCACAUGCUUUUUAAGCAGAGAUGGAUAGUGCAGUCCUAAAUAACAAUAGGAAGAUACGAGGAAAACAACACCAAGCGAAUUUAAACUUCACCCCAUUGCACAAGCAGGUGGCUAUCAGGACUCAGUAGCUAAGUGGAUAACGCGACGGCGUUUGAAGCGAACGGUACGGGGUUCGAGUACUGGGGUAAACAUCAACUCUGCGAUGCACGUACAUCCAACUGACGAGUCCCAAAUAGCACGGUACGCGCGUCCUGGAUUCCACUGCUGGCCACUAUCCAUCUUUACUGUUCACUUGUUUUUCACCUUUAUAUAUCAAUAAAGUGUCCUGUCUAUCUCUUAUUGUUGAGUAACGAUCGUGAGUCUGCUGCUUGCUUGUUUAGAUUGCAUAAAAUUUAAUAAAUGCUUAUUUUAUAUAUCGUUUAAAAACAUAUAACUAAUAAUAACCUAGGAUAGUUGAAGUUCCUCGCCUAGCUCAUGUGAGUUGUUAGUUUUUUAGUUUAGUCACUUUAAGAACUUGCUUCACCUCACAUCUACCCCAACUGUCAUCGCAUGGCAACACAUAUAUUGAUCAUGUAUGCUUCUAACCACUUCAGUUUUCACAAGUUCAGUUUCAUAGAUAAAAAUACUCAUCCAAAACUUCUGCUUGAUGUUUUACCGCUUAUUAAGCAGUACUUUUGAGACGACCCAUAUAAAGAUUUUUCAGCCCUUUGAUUUUACUAACCUUCGCUAAGCAUAUAACAUAAGAGUUUAAUACUAUAUAUAUUAUAGAACAGUUGUGUUCAUGCAUAUGUACAAUGUAUUUCUGUUACCAAAUACAUUACUACAUUACUUUCUUUUUUUACCCAGUUGCAAUCUAAAACUGAAUUUGGAUUACCUGCUAGAAAAACUUUGGGACUAUUUAAAUUUAAUUCAAGUAUUCACUAAAAAACGUGGACAAAAACCAGAUCUUGAUGAAGGAAUUAUUUUACGAAACGGUUCAACAGUUGAACACAUUUGCCAUUCAAUUCACAGAUCUUUAGCAUCACAGUGUAAAUAUGCUCUUGUGUGGGUAAGAAUAGUCGAAAUUCCAGUGUUUACUUUGUCAUUUAUUGAGUGGAUAAAUUCACAUUUUAUUUGUCAUAAAAAACCAAUUUAUUAGUCAUUUAUUCUCAAUGGUAUAUAAUAGCCGAAAUUUAAGAAGCCUAAAUUGUCUUAAAGUUUUUUGAAAAUGUUUGUAGCUCAACCUGUAAAUAUUUGUUUCUGUCAAAUAAAAUAACAUGAACUGUACUGAAGAGUUUCACUCCAAACACGUAAAACCGAUGAUAAUGAAAACGAAAUACAUGAAUAAAAUAAUUAAUUAUUUAGAAUCUAAGGAAAGGCUUAAUGCAUCACUAUGCGUGGUAAUUUGUUGACUACAUCUAGAGACAAACUGUAGAUUUAACACUUCGAUGAACCGGACAAAUUCGUAAGCAAAGAAAACUAAAGUUGAUAUAAAAAAAGCUUAUAUAAAAAAGUACAUCACUCCGUUAAACUAAUUUUUUCCCUCUUUACAUUUUUAAGGGAACAAGUGUUAAAUUCAGUCCACAACAUGUUGGAUUGAAUCACGUCUUACAUCAUCACGAUGUUGUGCAAAUUGUAAAGAAAUAAUUAUUCAGUGGAUUAAUAUUUCAGUAUGUUAUUGCAAAUUGAAUUCUCCAUGUCUUUCUUUAUUGAUGAAUAUAUUGAAUUUUUGGAUGCUAUGUAGUUUUACUGUUAUCAUAAGAGGGAACACUUUGGAUGGACGACAUUGACCUAUUUCUGUAUUGAAUAAAUCUUACCGGUUACAUUGUAGUUCAUAAGUUCGGAUAUCCCUCGGUUUAUAAUCGUUUAAGUUGUUCACAACCUAUAAGUUGUAAGUUGCUUUUUUUUCCUUCACUGUCUAUACAUAGAACGAAAACUAAUCCAUAACUUCGAAUCAAGCUAGUUUAUAAGGACCAAUACUCUGUAAACUUUUUACAGAACAUUUACAUAUAUUUUGCUUCUAAAAUAGGUCUAGAUUCUGUUAUUCUCAACAUGUUGUUUAGUGAUACUUCUUUGAUUGUUUAUUUGAAAGUUGUCUAGCUAACAUCACUACAGUAUAUCACGUAAGCCAGUUGGUGCGCAUUUGGUGUUUGUUAAGUUACUCAGUUUAUAUGGCAUAAGCUACCAAAUUAAUGUCUAAAUUCAACGGCAACUUGCUAUGCUUGUAAUAAUUUCUAACCAUCAAAUAGGACUUGAUUUUGUUUUGAUAUCUGGUCAACCUCUCGAUCUUAAUUACUGUGGUUAUUAGCCGAAUUAGCAACAGUUUCUCGAGAACCGCAAAUAAAAAUCGUGAAAAAAACAUUAGGUGUG